AUGAAGGAGUGCCUUUGUUUGCGUAAUGCCAGCCCGGUGACGGAGCUGAGAGAGGUGAGCGGCCAAAGCGACGAAUUUCACCUGCAGGAGAUCUGGUCACCCGGCGCAGGUGUGGACCUCAAGAAGGCGCACCUGGCGACCUGGCACAUGGGUGACGAGCAGAUAGCGCGCCCCGCCCACUCCUCUACGCCGCCCACGGACCCCGUACCCUACGCCCCUCCGACCGAGGGUUCAUCCCGGGGCCGGGCGCAGAGCCUGGUGUUCGCCAGCACGCCCAAGUACGACCGGCGGCACGACCUGAGCGGCGUGCACUUCAGGAUCACCUCGAUUAACGACACGCGGGCCCACAAUUCCAAGUACGACCUCCAGCAGCGGCGGGACCUUCUCUCUGGUUUCUUCGGGGACGUGUGGGAGGUUCUGAGGAAGGAAAUGAACUUCACCUACUCCGUCCGAACUCCCGCCGACGGAGAAUUCGGAGCGGAGUCGAACGGCACUUGGACAGGACUCAUAGGCGACUUGCACAACGGAAAGGCGGACGUCAUUGUGGCUUAUCUCUCGAGGACUUACUCUCGCACUCAGGCUGUCGACUACUCCUCGGUCCUCGUCAAAUUUAGCUAUCGCAUCUUCGCCCGCCCUCCGGAGAGAGCUUCCGUGUCCUGGACCUCUUACACUCGGCCUUUCUCGGUGGGGCUGUGGGUGUGUCUGCUCCUGGCGCUGGUGCUGCUGGGGAUCCUGUUCUGGGCGAUAGCAACGUGGUACUGCCGGCGGGAGGAGAGAUCGAAGACGCCCUCGAAUCAACUGCAGCGUUUUCGAGACUGGAAGUCGGACUCAUCCAUGGUGAUGUGGGCCGCUAUCACCCAGCAGGGUAUGGGAGGCCGAGAUAAAGUUUUGUUUUUUUAUAUAUAGUUCUGUUUUAUUUGGCAUUUCAUUUGUUUAAGUGUAUC